GUCAACAAAUGGCUGGAGCAGGGGGAGGGGGUCGGGAUCAAAGGCCCCUAUUGUAUUGUAGGGACCGGCGGGCCCGAGUAAUGGGGGCGCGGCCCCUUUAAGGACCAGGAGCCCCCCCGGCAGCUGGAGCUCGGGGGCCCUGGGGGGGGCAGAUGCCGGGACCGCCCAGCCCAGGGUGGCUCCGGUGCGGAUCCCCCCCCCCCCGCCCCUGCGGAGGCUGCGCUGCAACCUGUGGCUGGCCGGGCCCCAGCAGGGAGCGGGCGGAUCGGACCCCGCCUUGGGGGCUCGGGUGGCUCCGAGCCGGUGAAGAUCUCGGCGUCCGGCACCAGCGCGCCAUGAGCUAGGGGGGGGGCACCGCCUGUGCCAUGAGCCCGGGAUGGACCAGAACACCUUCUCGCACAUCCAGCUGUGGUGCCCACGGCCCUUCGGCACCUACUCCCAGAACAAGCCGUGCGGCGGCAGCCCGGUGAAGAAGCCCUUUGGGGACUUCGCCUGCAGAACCAAGGAGGGGGAGGACAGCGGGGAGGCCUGCUCCGAGAACACCCCGCCCGCCCCGGCCCCGCCGCCUCCCCUGGUCUCCCCCAGCUCCAGCCAGGGGGAGGAGGGCCGGGUGCUGCUGGACACCUGGUACGUCAUCAAGCCCGGCAACACCAAGGAGAAAAUCGCCUUCUUCGUGGCCCACCAGUGCAGCAGCAGCGGCCGCGCCAGCACCAUGAAGGUCAAGGGCAAAUGGGGGAACGACAGCUCCAAGGCCAAGCGCCGGCGGCGCUCGCACGACCCCAGCAAGGCCAAGCCGUGCCCGGGGAAGGACAAGGACGGCAGCAAGGAGGCGGAGGACGUGUACCUGUGCCCGGAGGCCCCCGCCGAGCCGGGCGGCGACACGGACCUGCUCUCCGUGGCCGAGAUGGUGGCCCUGGUGGAGCAGCGGACGGCGCUGGCUCUGCAGGGCUACUCGCGGCCUUGCCCCGGGGGGGCGCCUGCGGCCCCGGCCUCCCCCGUGGUGUUCCUCUCCGCGGAGCAGGAGCCGGCGGCCGGGGAGAAGAAAGGGGCGGGCGGAGGGGGGGGCCAGGACUGCCGCCGGGUGGCGGAGGCGGUGGCCCAUUUCGAGUCGCAGCAGGAGGAGCGGAGCGUCCUGCGGCAGAACGGGCUGUGCCCCGAGGCGGCCGAGUGCGUGGCCAACUCCCAGCAUAGCCCCGGCGAGGUGCGCAUCGCCUUCCGCAUCUCCAGCAGCCGGGACCCCCGCUCGCCCCCCGAGGGGGGCUCCGGCGCCCGCCCCAAUUGCAUGUUCAUGAGCUGCAGCACCGGGGGCUCCGCCGCCGGCUCCGGCGCCCAUACCAAGGACAAGAUCACCUGCGACCUCUACCAGCUGAUCAGCCCCUCCCGCGACUCCCUGCCCAACAAUGUGGACUUCCUGCUGUCCAGUGCCGCGCCCAAGGGCGACGGGGCCAGCGAGCCGCCCGAUUUGGAGCUGAGCUGCGGCGAGAGCCAGGCCUUGCCGGGCAAGCUGGAUGCCGGCCCCGAAGGCAGGGCCGGGGAGAAGCUGGGGGGGGCAGCGGCAACGCCCCGGGACUGCGUGGCCGGCUUCCACGUGGAUGUGGUGGUGACGGGCGUGGUGGAUCAGUGCGUCUUCUUCGGCAAGGACAGCACCAAGACCAUGAAGGAGGAGACGGUGUGUCUGACGGUGGGGACCCCCACCCCGGACGGGCUGUGCUCCGCCUGCGAGGAUCCACCCCCCGGCCAGCUUUUCUUCCUUCACACCCAGGCCUCCCGGCCCGAGGACACCCGGGAGGCUGCCGGCUCCCUCCUGGACAGCAAGAACAACGGCGAGGGGGGCCCGGAUGGGCCCGGGCUGGAGCCGGCGGCCUCGGACGCCUCGCUGUGCCGCCUCUACCGGCACGUCUCCCACGACUUCCUGGAGAUCCGCUUCAAGAUCCAGCGCCUGCUGGAGCCCCGCCAGUACAUGCUGCUGCUCCCCGAGCACAUCAUGGUGAAGAUCUUCAGUCACCUCCCCACCCAGUCGCUGGCCGCCUUGAAAUGCACCUGCCACUACUUCAAAUCCAUCAUCGAGACGUUCGGCGUGCAGGCCACGGACUCCCGCUGGAACAGGGACCCGCUGUACCGCGACGACCCCUGCAAGCAGUGCAAGAAGCACUACGAGAAGGGGGACGUGUCUCUGUGCCGCUGGCACCCCAAGCCCUACCACCACGACUUGCCUUACGGACGCUCCUACUGGAUGUGCUGCCGGCGCACGGACAAGGACACGCCGGGCUGCCGGGUGGGGCUGCACGACAACAACUGGGUGCUGCCCUGCGACAUGCUGAGGGACCGAGCGGCCAGGCGGGAGGACGGGAGGUGAGGUGGGGCGGCCGGGCGCCGGGGCGGGAGCCCCCGAGGUCUCGUGCGUGCGUGUGUGUGUGUGCGUGUGCGUGGUUUGGUUGGUUUGCCUGGCUGGCUGGUGCUGAUCUCGGCUGCAGCCCAUCCCAAAAGAAA